AUGCCACUCGGGCCUCCGCCGCAAGCUGGGAAGGAUGAGCCCGCAACGCCUGGUACGGAUAGCGCCGUGACGCAGCGCCUCAUCGAGCUCAGUGGAGACGAGCGCCCCGAGGAGGCGACGACACUAAUCGCGCGGCAAAUGGGACUCACCACAGUUGGCCUGCUCUCGCCAUUUACAGACCUCGAGGUGCUGUCGCUCUCGCACAACCUUCUCACUUCGCUCGCGGGGUGCGACCUCUCGCGCCUAGUCUCGCUCAACGUCAGCUUCAACAGGAUCGCGAGCCUCGGGCCGCUCUCGAGCUGCCAGCGACUCACACAUCUCUUUGCGUCCAACAACCGGAUCGCGUGCCUCGCGCCACUCGUCAGCUGCCCGCUCCUCGUUGCGGUCUCCCUCUACCGCAACGAGCUGACCUCGCUCGACAACGCCCUCUCCUCUCUUUCUCGCCUCGCCAACUUGGCUGAGCUCGACCUCGGCAGCAACCCUUGCAGUGCCGGGCAAGAGGAGUACGUCCGCCACCGCACGCUCCACAAGCUACGUCGGCUCUCCGUCUUGGACGGCGACACAGUCACACCAUUCGACCACGAGCUCGUGGCGGGUGACGAACCGUCGCUGGCGGCACCUCGCGCGAGCCGCCUGUUCAGAGAUCCGUUCCUAGACUCGAACCCCAUUCUGAUGCAAUACCUCGCUGAGGCGGAGGCAUCGCGGGCUCAUGCCUGCGGGGGCGCCGGCGCUGAACCGAGCGGUGAGGCGACCCCACACAGCGACACGAAGGGGGUCAGCUCAGUCCUCACCUUGCGGCGGCCGAUGGUGGAGCGAUUGCGACUGACGGCCGCCACGAUGGAAGCAGCCAGCCAAGCAGGCACCGACGCCGCUCAGCUCGCCUCGCAGCCGAUGUUCACCUCUGGUGACGAUGCGCCCGACAAGAGCGCCGAAACGCACCGGGUGCGGUCCCUGCUACUCUCGGUGCAGCAAUUGACGCUGGAGCGAGACGAGGCCCGCGCCGGCCGCUCCCGUGCGGUGGCCGAGGCGGCGGCGGCAGCGGCCGAGCUCGAGGUGUUGAAGAGGGAGCAUCAACAGUUGCGGUCGUUGCUGGACCAGGCUCCUGCAAUCACUAUAUUGAGUACUUCGCCCACUGAGCCUGGCUGA